AUGGCACCUCAAAUCUUGUGCCUCUCUUUUCUUCUCUUCAUUCUCUACUGCCACCACACAGCCGCCGACUACGGAGGCUGGCAAAGAGGUCACGCCACUUUCUACGGCGGCGGUGAUGCAUCCGGCACAAUGGGAGGAGCAUGUGGAUAUGGGAAUUUAUACAGUCAAGGAUAUGGAACAAGCACCGCAGCACUAAGCGCAGCGUUGUUCAAUAAUGGUUGUUUUGAGCUGAGGUGUGAUAAUGAUCCAAAAUGGUGUCUCCCUGGUUCAAUAAUUGUGACUGCUACAAACUUUUGCCCACCCAACUUUGCCUUGCCUAACGACAGUGGCGGGUGGUGCAAUCCUCCUCUGCAACACUUCGACAUGGCUGAGCCAGCUUUCUUGAAAAUUGCACAAUACCGGGCUGGAAUUGUACCUAUGUCAUUUAGAAGGGUGCCUUGCAUGAAGAAAGGAGGAAUAAGAUUUACGAUCAAUGGACACUCUUACUUCAACUUGGUUUUGAUCACCAACGUUGGUGGAGCCGGCGACGUUCGAUCAGUUUCAAUCAAAGGGUCUAAAACUGGAUGGCAAGCUAUGUCAAGAAACUGGGGCCAAAAUUGGCAGAGCAACUCAUAUCUCAAUGGACAAAGCCUCUCUUUUCAAGUCACCACCAGUGACGGCAGAACUGUCACUAGUUACAACGUGGCGCCGGCUAAUUGGCAGUUUGGACAAACCUUUGAAGGGGGUCAAUUUUAA